CACAUGAACCCUUUACUUUAUUUUCGGUAUAGCGAAGGUGAUGUGCUUCAGCAGCUCAGUUAGUAGAUAAACAUGGCAAAUACGCGGCCAUCAGUCAGAUGCAGCUACUUCCAGAGCUUCCGCCGUCAACAACCGGCCAGAACCACACUGCGAGGCAGUAUGAAGGGCCCAGGGUAUCAAGAGCUUUACAAAUGCCUCAAUGCCCAGCGCAAUUCCAUGUCUGUGUGCUUCGAGAGGCGCAAGCCCCCCAGCCCCCCCUCCCCACAUACAAAAUUGUUGAUUCUUCCAUAAGCUAUCACAAGCUGCCCGAGGCUUCUUGAAACACACAAGAGAGCCACCUUGAGUGCGACGCCUCGAGGAGGAACCUCGGCGAGGAACCUCGGCAUUACCGUGGUACAACCAUCCACUGAAUAUGGC